AUGUUAAUUAUACAAAUUCUAUUUAAUCCAUUUUAGAAGUUUGUCUAUUGUACCCCUAUACCUCUUGUACAUAAUACAUUGAAAUGUUGCCUAAUAACUAGACGUGACUGUUAUUACGUACCAGUAUAAACGUGUUUUUAAUUCAAAACGCAGUAUAUUUUUUGUAAUUAUGUGACUGUACGUAUUUCAAAUAAAGGAUAUCAGAAGAGAAAAAGAAUGGAUGAAUUAAAGUUUACUGGCUCUACGUCUUCUAGCGGUAAACUCGACGAUGUUGAAAACCAGGCAUAUGGAUAUGAACCGUUUAUCAUGUGGACAGAUGACGAAAUUCAUUGGAAUUUAGGAGAAAAUCUGAAGAUUGAAGAAGCUGAGAAAAAUAUGCGGAUACAGGUGACAGAAAUAGGCAAUGGAAAAAGAAUAGUUGUGAUUAUAUCAUCUUUAGAUGCCGGAAAGGUCUUAUACAAAGGGCAAAGUAAUGAUUAUUGCACAACGUUCACAAAAAUUAAUAAAGAUUGGAAUCUUAAAAUACCCUUAGUGAGUUUCGCAAUUACUGAUGGAUCGUUGGUCUGUGCUUCAUCCAUGGAAUAUAUGGAAACUUCAGUAUCACAGGAUGGUGUUAUUUCUACCAUAAAAGAGGAAGGACCAUCUGAAAAUACAAGGAAAGAAAAUUCAUCAAAAACAGACGAACCUACAAACGAUAGAGUAGGAACAUCCUCUUUAGAAAAGCCACCCGGAGACACAGAAGUGACAAUUAAAAAUGUACAGAAACGGAGUAUGUUCGGCAAAGUGGGUGCCAUGGUCACUUAUGCACUGUCAUUCAACUCAGGAGAGUCAUCAACAAGUACAUCAACACAAAAAUACGAAAGUGUACACGCAAAUGAAAUACCCUCAAUUAAUAAUGAUAAUUCAACUGAAAAUGAAAUGGAAGAAGGCUUACCAGAAACAAGUGCAUUAUUAGACGAUAAAGAAGUAAUAAUAAUAGAAAAUCCACUUGAAGGCUCAAUGGAAGAGUCCUCAGAAAAUGUAAAGAAACGGCGUUCACUCAAAUACAAAUUUACUAAAAAGGUCAAAAACAAAUUUCCAAGAAAGUCGAAAGGGAAGUCAUGUGGAAGUGGAUCAACAAUACAAUCUGAAAGUGCAUCCCUUACUGAAAAAUCUGCACUCAAUAAAGAUGAAUCAACCGAAAAUACAAUAAAAGAAGAAGCGUCAGAAACAAAUAAACAGGAAGGCGAUGAACAAAUAACAUCAAUAGAAGAACCACUAGGAGAUUCAACGGAAGAGUCCUCUAAAAAGGAAAAGAAACGGAGAUUUGCAAAGAAAGUCACCAAGUCCAAAAGAUUGUCACCUGGAAGUAAAUUGACAAAGGAGGCUGAAACAUCAGAAAUCGAAAUAGCUUCCAACGCCGAAGUAUCUUCAUCGCAAAUACAAGAUAGGUCAACAUGGGAGGGAUUGUGGCAUCUGGUACAAGACAAAACCAAUGACAAAGCGAUCUGCCUGAGACCAGUAAAACACGACACAGAAUCAUCAGAUAAGCCUGGUGGCUUUGUUACUAUUUUGGAAAAUAAGAGUAAAGUUCAAUGUGAACAAAUUGUGCCAUUCACAUGUAAAGGAACAUCUUGGUUUUUAAUGAUUUACACGACACAUUAUAUAAACGACGAAGAAGGUAAACAAAAUCUUAGUUUGUGUACUAGAUAUCAUGUGUUCUCACUUGACAAAAUUAUGGGUGGUAAAUAGUGACACCAAUAUAUUUAUUACGUACGUGGAAAAAAACCUAAUAAAUACAAAAUUUUAUUUGGAUAACGGUGUUCAUUAGCCUUUAGCCAGUCAACAUAUUAUACUUUAUUCAUAUUUGAAGCCUAAUGAUGAUAUAAAAUGGUGUCCGGUGUAAACUAUAAUGCUGAUGGUGUAUUGACAUUUCAAAGUAGUAUCCUCAUGAGUAUCUGUUCAUUUUUGUAUUGUAAGCCUAUAAAUUGACUGUUAUUUUACAUAAUAUUGAAAUAGAUUAUAUUUAGUUGUAUUGUAGCAUAUAACAGUGAUAAUAAUAUACUAUGCAAAUCUGAUAUAUCAUUGCAAGCCGAUCGCCGAGUGACACUGACGAUAAAUGGCAAUUCGAAGUGGUUUUCUGACGAUUGAGAUGCAUACUGUUUGGUUUAAAUGCAUGAUUUUCGGUAGUACUGUAGAAUUAAUUGAAUAAGGAACGCGACGUAGCUUUCGUCAUUUUCGCUGUUAUAGUGCAGUAACUUAGUAGGUCUACAGUAAUGCUUAAAAUAUAAAGUGUAUUUCUUGAAAUUUAUCAUAAAAUUCAUCGCAUUGUUCACUCCUAUAAUACUAGAAUUUGAUUGUAAGCAGUGUUGCAAUGAGAAUAGUUGGUGUACUUGGCAUUCGCUGGGGCCGGGGCCUUGUGGCUAUCUGAAACUGGGGCUCUUUUGGGGUCCAUUGCGGAAUUUAGAUGUUCUCGUUUUUAAUCAGGUUUGUCAUUGUAUUUUAAAUGUUUUUAACGACGAAAGAAACGAUAUGAUACCAGUGGCGGAUCCAGG